CAGAAAAACUUUACCUGACCCGCACAGAAGAGCCGGAGAUAAAAUCAACACACUGCCCGAAACAACAGAGCCAUGUCGUUUUGUAGUUUCUUCGGUGGAGAGGUCUACAAAGACCAUUUCAAAACAGGGAUUUAUGUCUGCUCCAAAUGCGACCACCAGCUGUUCUCCAGCAGAUCCAAGUUUGAGCACUCGUCCCCCUGGCCGGCGUUCACAGAGACCGUCAAAGAGGACAGUGUGUCUAAACACGAGGAGAGACCAGGGGCAUACAAGGUACGCUGUGGGAAAUGUGGGAAUGGAUUGGGUCAUGAGUUUGUGAAUGACGGUCCGUCCAAAGGACUUUCUCGCUUCUGAAUAUUCAGCAGCUCACUGAAGUUCGUCCCUAAAGAUAAGGUCGAUGGACAAUAAGGUGAGCUGUUGGAGGGAAGCGCUGCUGGACCUUUAGACAUUUCUCUGUGAAGCUGAAGGUGUGGACAGUGGAUGAAGUGUUCUGGGAUAAAAUCCGAUAAGGGAGCACCAGGGCUCUGAUGAAAGAUGGCCUCACCGGACUGCAACAACAGAAGAUCUGUCGAAAACACAAUUAUUAUGCAAUCAUCAGCAUCAUCUGCAGGACAGACUCAUCAUCAGUUUGACAUAUAUCAAGAUCUAUUUAUUACAGCUAUAAUUAUCUCUUGGAAAGAAUUUUAUCUCUUUUUAAAUUAUUCCUUCCACAGUUUUUAGAUCAUUUUCUCCUUCAACUCUCAAGGAAUGAAACAAGCGCACAAGUCCGUCAGAAUGAUUCUUAACAGAUGUGUGUGAACCUUUUCCAAUGACUACUCAUGAUAUUUGAAUACCUCUAUUUCAUCAAUAAUGACCUUUAACUGUAGUGUUUGGUUUGUUACAUUAUGUCCUAUUUUCACUCUGAAGGAGCUUUUGUGAAUGGAGCUAUCAGACUGAUAUGCAAAUUCUGAAAUAAAUGUUUAUUUUUUAAUUCAAAUAA